AUGUUUUUCAAUGCACAAGGGAAAUGGCUUCAAUAUAGAAUUACUGCAGCAUGUGGUGCCGGUUUCCUCCUCUUUGGUUAUGAUCAAGGCGUCUUUGGUGGACUCCUGGAUAAUAAACCGUUCCUUGAGACCUUUGGAAAUCCAAGUGUGACCAUUCAAGGUCAAAUUGUUGCCACAUAUGACAUUGGCUGCAUCAUAGGCACUCUGGUGACAAUGUUCUCGGGAGACAAACUCGGUCGAAGACGGACAAUUUUAAUCGGGUGCUGCAUCCUGAUCGUUGGCGCCAUUCUUCAAACCGCAUCCUAUUCCCUCGCCCAAAUGAUUGUCGGCCGUGUUGUGGCUGGCGUUGGAAAUGGAAUGAACACAAUUGCAAUUCCUAUCUGGCAAUCGGAAACUGCACGUGCAGAGCAUCGUGGAAAACUUAUUGUUGCCCAAUUGGUGACGAAUAUUUUUGGAAUCGUCAUCACAAACUGGAUGAACUAUGGUUUCACUUUUAUCCCCAACUCUCCAGUGAGCUGGCGCUUUCCUCUUGGCUUCCAAUGCUUCUUCGCCCUCGUCACAAUUGCUUUUGUCCUUGUCGCCCCGGAGUCGCCGCGUUGGCUUGUCAUGAAACACCGUGCCAACGAAGCCCGUGAAAUCCUAGCCCGCCUCCUUGCAAAGCCAAUCGAUGACCCCGAAGUGGUGGAUGAGAUACAAAGCCUGGAGAUUUCUGUGAAUCACGAAUCCGAAGUCCAGCAAUUGAAGCCCGUGAAGGCAAUCUUCAAGCGCAACAACAAACAACACACAUUGCGCAGGAUUCUUCUUGGAGCUGGCACUGCCUUCUUCCAGCAAGUUGGCGGAACAAACGUUAUUGCCUACUAUUUGCCAGUCGUUCUGACCCGGUCAGUUGGGUUGGACAACAGAAUGGCCCUGAUCUUGUCCGCCGUUGACGCCAUGUCGCUGAUGCUUUGGGGCUGUGUUGCAGCUCUGCUCAUUGAUCGUAUUGGCCGAAAGAGACUGAUGCUGUUCGGCGCCGCUGGAAGCAGCCUCUGCUUUGCACUUGUCGCCGUUGGACUGCGAUAUGGUGGACCCGACAACAAGAGCAUGUCUAUUCUAGCCGUGGUAUUCAUCUUCGUCUACUAUAUCUUCUACGGUACAUCGCUCUUGUCGAUCCCGUAUAUCUAUCCGGCCGAGAUCAACUCCCAGCAAAUGCGUAAUAUUGGCACUUCAUUUGCAACUACUACGAAUUGGCUGUUCGUUUAUGUUAUCGUUGUUGCUACCCCAACAGCUAUCGAAAAUAUCCAGUGGAAGUACUACAUGCUUUUUGCCAUUUUCAACUUCUGUUUCCUGCCAAUUAUCUGGUACUUCUAUGUUGAGACUGCGAACUUGUCUCUGGAGCAGAUUGACAGACUCUUUGAAAUCAAGCAUGAGGCUGGGAAUGCAAUUAGCUGGAAGGAGGCAACCAUGAUAGCUCGCACGGAGGUUAUUUCUGAUUUGGCACACACUGGGAAGGACAAUCUUGGCACUGAGCAUUGCGAGACUGUGGCAUAG